AAACAAAAUAGAACUGGAGCUUCCUAGCCAAGCGAGGGCUCUACUUUCCUGGACCUGGGAAGCCAGACCUCCAGCGUUGGAGCUGCUGGUGUUGUGAGUCUCCUAAUACUGGAGGGAGCGGGGAUCUAGAGUGCGCUGCACAGGAGCCGGUCACUGGCAAGAGAUUCGGAGGAGCAAGCAGAACCAUGGAAAGUGUGUAUAAGUUCUCCUCCACAGAAAGGGUGCAGCUAUUGGAGAAGGACCUGGCUGUAAAGCUAAGCGAGCUGAAGGCCGAGCUAGAAGAACAGGGGCUCCGUCCAGGAACAGCCAACUGGACCUUCAGCUCUGUUCAAAUACCAAAGGAUGUCGCUCACUUUAGACGUGAACGGGAAGUGGCUCUGAAGAGAACCCUCCGGGUGGCGGAGUGCAAGCCCCUUGUUAUUCAGGCAGAUGUCCUGCAGAGGGAGCUAGAGAGCUGCCUGAGGAGAGAGUACACGCCGGAAAACCUCCCUCUGCUUCUGCUGCAGUAUUACACGGAGAGAAUUACACACCUGGCCCAGAGUAAACAUUUGCAUAUGCUGAGAUGGAAGUGGCUCUGCCAGACCAGCGAGAUCAUGGAAGAGCUCCACCCGCUGUACAAGAGACAAGUCGGCUACAUCAUGCAGGAGUUCAAUGAUGCAGUUCAGAGAGCAGAAAGACUGUCAGUGGCUAGAGAGAACUUCCUCAUGGGAAAAAGCAAUCCUCCCAACCUGGUGACGCUAGAAGACCUGACAAUCUACACCAGGUGGUUAGUGUGUCACCUGCACUCGCUCCGGCCCAUCCAUCACUACCUGCAGGCCCUCCAGUACUUGCCCGUCUCCAGAGCGCUGCGUCUAGCUGAUAACCGAGUCUAUGGACCUAGUGAGGAAAGGGAAAAUACCGGUGUGGCUGACCUUAGCUCUGCAUCUCCCGGUCCCACGGGUUCCAGCAUCUCAGGGCCAGGGAGAACAGAUACUACAUUCGCCCUGCCUCAGCACGUGAUGGAGCGGGAAAAACUAGAGCCUCGGCUGAGACACCUGCUCUCGCAUUUCCGUAUCCCCUACGACUUACAAAAGCUGAGAGACUCGGCCAAAGAGAUGGAGCUCUUUCCUUUGGUUUCUCAGCACUUCCAGAGCAUCUUCACGGAGCAGCAAAGGAUGCGGACGUUCCAAGACUAUGAGGCCUGGAGAGCUAGAGUGCAGAAUGUGUCAGGCCCUGCUGCCACCCUGAAAAAGAGAGCCACCUGGACUCCCUUUGUGAAGGUCAAGCCAAAAUGUGACCCUUGGCAGAAGAAGAUGUUAACCAGACUCAAAGAGCGGAAGAGAAUAGAUGAACUAAUGCAAGUCCAGUCAAAGAUUUUGAAGAUUUCUGACCCUGUGAAGGCCGUGCAGGUGCUCCAGGAUCACGCUGCAAGGACAGUGACCAUGGAUCCACAUCACUCCUCUUUCCUGACUUCUCAGCCUUUGCAUCCAUGCAGCUAUGAUCACAUCUGGCAGAGUAUUUAUAGCAACACCGACCUCUACCAGAAUGAAAAUGUGAAGGAUGAGGGUCUUUCGGUGGAACCAGGCGACGGUGACCUUGCGAAAACACAUCUCAGCCAAAGCUCUGAUGGGUCUCUCAAGCAGAAGACAGAGACCGGAAGCAGCUAUGCUAUGACCCUGCAACUGCUGGGCUUGAGCGACGGGACUGAGCCUGAGCGGAAUCCUGUCCUGAUGAGAGGGGCCUACUUCUCCUUCCUGUGUCUGCGUCACCUGCACAUCCGGGAGCUACAGCGCGUCUGUCUGGGAGUUCUUAACUACUUCAGAUCCAUUGAGCGGACUUUGACGAUCAACACUUCAGGCCUUACCUUGGUCUCAGGGAAGCUGGUCCCCACCGUGGGAGAUAAUUCCUGGGUAAAUAUGGCAAAAGGAGGCUUGGGCACCUUGCAAGGCCUGGGAGAUCACCACUAUGUCCAUGGGACACCUGCUGACCACAAGGUCCAUAGCGUGCAAUUCCUGGAGUUCUCGGAAGCUGAAAACCAGGAUGACUUCCACAGCACGCAGGCUGGCUGUGUCCACACUCAGGACCAGUUUGGCCUGUAUGUCAUGUAUGACAGCGCCUUGCAAGAUCUGGAGGAGCUGGAGUCAGAACUGCUGCUCAUUGCCAGCCAUUACAUUGAGAAAGAAAAAAGUCACAGAGAGGAUAGCCAGUCACAGAGCAGCCAGUGUUGGGGCUGGGCUCAUGCCAGUGUGGACAGAUUUGCCGUGCUGUAUGACCUGUGGACCUGGGAAGCGAAUCUUCUAGAAAGCAAACGCCAGCUUCUCGAUAGUUACUUUGAAGCCUACCAGCACACACUGGACACCGAAGAGCGCUUCACUUUGGCACAAGCUAUGACCGACAUUAUACACCGACGCCCCAAGUUUGAUCUCAGCUGCUCGUAUUUCACUAAGGCCUACCAAGAUGACUGUACCUGCCUCAGGCUUCACCGGCAGCUAGUGAGGAGCGUCCUCAACCAUCAGCUAGAGCAGCAGCGGGAAUAUGUGCAGACGCUCUGGCGAGGGGAUCAGCCAGCUCUCAAGACAUUCGGACUUCCCCUGAACGUAAUUCACAAACAAUUUGUUUCCAUCAACAGCAGCUGCCCAACCUCAGAAAAUGUCCAUCUGUUGGAGUUCCACCCUUCCCUGGGUCUGGUUGGGCUCAUCCCUAAAGCCCUGGAGCACCUGUUGCGUGAGGCUUGCCACGCCCACAAGCCUGCAUCAUCCAGUGGGCUCGCCCAGCUGGAACAACGCGUCUUACAGCUCGCCCUGGACCUGUGGCUCACCCCGGCCAGGCCCGAGGCCUGGUACAGCGCACAACUCCAGAGAGAUCUCUUUUCAGCUAAAGUGAUGGGUGAUCCCUUUCUCGUGGAAGAGGUGGUCCUGCUUGCGCUCAGGUCUGCGAUGGACAAAGGGCAGAGACAAGGCCAAGAUUUCCACGCACUGCUCCUGGAGACGUUCUCGAAACUUCUGGAACUCCUGACCCUCCGCCACCGACUGGUAGAAAUGACUGUGGAGAGUGCGUCCUUGGCUCGGCUGUAUAAGGAGUUGGCACAGGAGAUGGGUUUUGAAGAAUUCCAUCUGUACCUGAGGCCUGUUCACUUUGAGUUUGCAUCACACAAGGACAAAAUGGACCCUCCCCCUCCUGUCUUUAUGACGUCUUUGCUGGAGGACAGCAGUCGAGUGGACAGGUACUCCCCCGCUGCCCUCGACUUAGCCAUCGCUGAGCUGGGUGACAACCAAAUUGGCAAGUUCAGCUGCUAUACACAAGACGCCAUCCUCAAGCUCUUGCUCCAUUCGGGAGUGGAAAAUAUGCAAGUGACCCUCGCCUGCCAAACUGCUCAGAAGAAUGCUUUGAUGGUGGCCAUUCAACAGGUGUUCUUCUAUGACAUCCCUGCAGUAGACAGUCCUGUUGAUACCAAGGGAGCAAGUUUGGCUCUGAGGCAUCAUGGCAGAAGAAGUCCAACCAGAAGGGAAUCCAGGACUUCCAGUGGCACAGAGUGUAUGCUACUAGCCCCAACUCCAAAAGCUCCGGACACCUUUACUCAUUCUUCAGAAGGAUUUAAGACUACCAAAAGGGCUCCAGAGGCCUUCGUGUCCAUUCAGCUAGAAAAGGUGGGUUUGCGGGACACCAUGCUGAACACCUUCCUGUGCAGAAAACAGACAACGGCUGACCAGAUGGAGAGCCCUGAUGACAUUGAAAAAGUCAAGAGAGAACUAAUAGUUGAAUAUUGCCAAAAGUUGAGCCGCCGCAUGUCUCACUGUGCCCUUCGGGGUCAGAUCAUGGCAUACUGCAAUAGCCUGAGAGUUCUGCUGGACGACUUUCCUGCCAUCAGGGACACCUUCUUCAUGGUGGGACAACCCAAUGAGAAGAAGGGCUUGAAGGACUCCAGUGCGGAAUUCAAGGCUGAUCCCAGGAGUUUCCAGCCUCGGCCUCGAAGCUUGCUGUCAGCUGACGGAAGAGUCUUCCUCAACUUAUGGUUUAUUCCCCACCCUUCUGAAGUGCUCCUUAUGUUCAAAACUCUGCCGGAAGAGGCAGCCUUUAGAGCCCUGAAACUGACUGUCCAGCUUGUGGCUUCUCUCCACGACAUAGUGGCCUACCUUUUCAGUUUUGCCAAGCUUGGCAAUUGCCCAAUGGGCUUUGACUUUCCUCUAAGCCCUCACCCUUUGAAGAGUGACUGGGGAGGAGCCGAGGGCAUUGGGUCCGAGCUUCAGGAACUGCAGAAAAUGAUUGACAGUCUCCAGAGUCCCCAGGAUCCGGCUCAGGUGGCCCAGGCCCUCCUCCUCCGCAGGGAGGUGACGUGGCUGCAGUUUGAUGCUGCAAUGAGACAUCUCCUCCGAACAUUUUUGGCAGCAGGAAAUGCUCCCGCCCACCAGUCUGUCGCAGAUGGUGUGUGCCAUGGUUUGCCACCACUGAGCGACUCUCUCAGGAGGAGCAUCUUUUCUUCAGGGCUCAGCCUGCCCCAGCCGCUAGAUCCACGGAGUCUCCAGGCAGUUACGAUGUUUCCAUGGAGGGCGUUUCUGGAAGAUGGUGGACCAUUUCCAGUUAUGAGCAGCGUCCCAAACACCUUAGAGUAUGAUAUGCAGAUGUGUCUCUGCAGACUGAGUGACCGUGACCGCAAAGUGGCCCAUGGAGAGCUGGUGGGUGUGCAGGUGCUAAUGGACGAUGUACUUCUGGGCAGCUAUCACGUGACCACGGAAGGGUCUCCUGGAUUGCAGGCCACACUGGACACUGCACAGCCACACUGGUCCAGACUGCCAGGACUCUGCCCAAGUGCGUUGGAAAGUCUCCCAAAGGCUUCCACUUUGCUGGAGGGCCCAGGAGAUGCAGUGCUGUCCCUUGUUCUGUUGAGGUCCUUCCUCAUCCUGUGGAAGCAGCUGGAAGUGCUCAAGGAACACUGGGGCCGACUCAGGCUUCAAGGCCAGGAGAUCAACUCUGCCUCUCACCACAAACAGUUCUCAGAGCUCUAUGAAGCUGACAUUUUCUACCCCAGCCUGAAAUCUUUAGCCAGAAAGAUGGGCAAAGAAGAUGAAUUUGAAGGACUAAUAAUAAGAAGCCAAUCUAUUCUUCCCCCAAAGGGAGCCUCAGAAAUCGAAAUAAAAACCCAGCAGCUCCAGAAGCUUCUGGAAAGUUUAGAAAUUUAUAUGAUCCAAGAGGUACUGAAGAAAGUUAGUAGAGAGAUGAGCCUGCUUCUAUCAGAAAAGUCCAAGAAGGAGCCUGCCCUCCCAACAGAACUUUGGAAACACCAGGUCGUGAAAGAAAACUUUUCAGUUGUGAGACCCCAGAUCGUGGAGAAAUUUGUACAGAAACUGAUGGAGGGUUCCCAAGACGAUGGGCCCGAGCCUGCUCUGAGCAUCCUCUUUAAGCCAUUAGUAGCAGUGAAGACAGGACAGUCCCAAAGGCCCCAAGCUGCCCACACACUAGACCUCCCAGGCUGUGCAGCUGUGUCAGACCCGAUCAUCCUGGAGCCCGUCCAGAGGAGGGUGGUGGUUUCUACUGGAAAAAUCUGGGCCAAUGCGGGGAAGCGGGAGGAUGAAACCUGUUCCAGCUGCCUCUACAGGAGUAGGGACCUGAAAGCCUUGACUUCUCGUGGCUUCAGGUUUUCAUCAAAGCCAAACCAGGAAGUUCCCUUUGCCAUUAGUAAACCCUUUCCCCACAAAAACAUUGGGAUUCUGAUACCUUGCCGUGGUGCCAACAGCUUCCUGGAGCACACUGCCCAGAGAAGUCAAGUUCCUCCUGAAGACUGUGCUAGUCAGGUUGCAGAGCUCAGCCAUGACUUGAUCAUGGAAAUCACUGCUCUGAGAGCCCAGCUCACGGAUCUAGAAGAGGAGACUCUGGAUCUAAAACACCAGAUUAGAAAAGAAGUCCAGGAGGAGUACAGAGAAUUAGUGCAAGCUUUGUUUAUGACCUGCUUACACAUAAAGGAGGCGCUGGAUGAGAAUCAGUUUAAUUUGAUCCAGAGAGUGUGUGAGCUCAUCGGUGAAGUGAGAGCCGAAGGGACUGCCAACGUGAAGCAGCUCAAGAAAACCUGGGGCUCUGCCAGACCCGAUGAAGGAACAAAAGAGAACACAGGCAAAGAGCAGCUGCGCCCCUCGGAGCAGGACGACAGGGGCACCCUGGCUGCUGUAGUGUGCAAAGUGCGGAGCCUGGGCCGCUGGCGUCUGGCUGCACAGCAGGCUCAUCUCAGAGGUCAGCUGAGCAAGGCAGAGAAGGAAUCUAUUCACAGCCAAAGAGAAUGUGUGAGAAUCCAGCUCAUGGCAGAGCAAGAAGUGGGGUUACUACAUCAACAGCUACGGGCUGCCAGGCAGGCCCUGGCCAAAGCUCAGACUGACAACAGGAAGCUGUGCCGGCAGCAGGAUACCCAGGCUCAACUGCUGAGGGAGUUGGAACACAGAGUGACUCAAGACUCUGUCACGCGGCAGCAGCUGGAGAUCCUAAGAACAUCUGGCAUGGAGAAGCUCCUAGAAGAUGUGGAGCAAAAGGAGCAAGAACUGCAGCUCCUGACAGAAGAGGCCCAGCGGGCUUUGAAAAUGGGCCAGCUGCAGUGGAAGAAGAUGGACAGAGACCUGCAGCAGAUGAGAAGCCAGCUUGCCCAGGAGCGUAGUAUGAAGCUGGAUGCCUUCCAACGCGUGCGGGAGCUACAGAGUCAGCUUCAUGACACGGAGCAGCCACCUCUCCAGAUGGGCUGCCCAGCUGGGCUUACACCCCAGACCCACCGCUCCCUAAACUCUGCUGCUGCAUUAUCCAGAUGCUCCCACCAGCGGUUUCCAAAGACUAAUCUUCUUGGCAAUAAAAUGGCAAGAAGGAUUCAAAGGCCAAAGACAGUACCAAUUAAGCAGAAAAAAAGGAUUGAUGAUAGUUCUCUACCCAAUGUGGCAGAAAAUGCUCAACUUACAACUUUUCCAGUCCAAACAGCUCCAUCCAGGAUUUCAUUCAGAACUGAGAGUAUGUGGCAGACGGUAUCGAAGAACUGAGAUGAAGUCAUCUAGAGUGUCCAGAUGAAGCCGGAUUUUGGUCCCAGAUUUGAAACCUUUCAAGCACUGGUUUGCAUUCUACAAGUUCUCUCAGGCUCCUGGUUGCCCAGAAGUCUCUCUGCUUGAGUUUUGAGUAACAAAGUAGGCAGGGUGGUCCAAGACAGAGGGCCCUGAUGCUGAGCUGUCCUUACUAAGAAGUCAAGGCUCAGGCCUGGUGCUGGCGGUUCUUAGGGCCCCAUUCAGUUCCAGCUCUCACGUGGUAGCUCACAGUUAUCUGUAACUCUAGUUCCAGAGGACCUGAUGCUGUCUUCUGGCCUCCA